AUCAAAUCCGGACGGUUCACAACAGCUUCAGCAAGUAUUGUUGAGUCUUUUUCCUCUCACCCCGUAAAGCUACCAGAUUUUUGAGUUCGACGAAAAGAUUUCCAAAAAAGACGAGGAUGUAUAUCAUUUUGUGGGUUAUGUACCGAUUAAUGGCGUCUUGUACGAAUUGGACGGACUGAAAGAGGGACCAGUUGAUCAUGGGAGUAUUCCAGAGAAUCAGUCGUGGCUCAGUUUUGCCACACCGAUUUUACAAAAACGAAUGCAACGUUGCCUGAAUGGCAAUUUCAACCUCCUCGCUGUUGUACCCCAUCGCCUUUCCGUAUACCAGAAACAGCUGGCCCAAGUGCAGCAAUCCACGAAUGGGACAGAAUCUGCCGAACUUGUCCGCGAAUUGGAGAAAAAUAUCGAACGGGAAAAAGAGAAAGCCGUCUCAUACCGUCAAGAAAACACCAGACGCCGACACAACUACUUGCCCUUGAUCAUCGACCUUAUGAAGAUCCUCGCGGAGAACUCCGCGCUAGUGAAUUCCGUUGAAAGGGCGAAGAAAAUGGCCCAUGAACGGAAGCAGGCCAAGACUGUGGGAAAAAGUUGAUGUAUUUUAGAUCAGUUGUUUGUUAAUUAAAAAGUCACGAUAACUUUACAAGCGCCUUUUGGUUCAAGUUGAUGAAACAUUAGUUGUGUCCAUCCGUUGCAAUCCGUCGAUUUCAACAAUGCUGGUUGGCUUCUGUCGUGCAACUUGUAUGCUCAUCUUCUUUUGUAUUAGAAGGGCAGUACAAGUCGUUAGUAAGAUCAAAAGCACGCCAAGGCUAACGCUCACAGUAUCCAUGGUCAAAGACGAGCUCCUAUACCAACGAACAUAUCGUUCUCCUGGAAGCAGCCUACUUCGCAUCCACGCUGGAGCAGCUGGCACUCCGUCCCUGAAUAGCGCGAACCGCAUCGCCAGGUCUAGCAAAGUGCGAUAGCACUGUUCAGUUCCAUUGUAG